CAUUUAAACGCAAUGCAUUAUUAUUUUAAGUUAUAGCUUCUCAAUUUAGAAAAUAUAAACCAUGAAAUCAAAACUCAGGAUUUAGACGCGUUUGAAUAUUUCCAUAUAACAUAUAAUUUAUUGUUUUUUUUGUAUAAUAUAUAUCGAUCACGAUGAUGCACCCUAGUGAAAUAGAAUUUUUGGCCGAAAACGAAAUCAUACAGAUUGUUCCGAAUUUCAACCAUGCUAGCCACGUUCAUUUAAUAUGUGGUUCGUUCGGUCCAUUUCGUGCCGGAUUACCACUUAACGUACCAGUUUGGACUGCGCUGAAUUUGCGGCAAAAGAAAAUUUGCAGAAUUCUCGCUCCCGAUUGGAUGAAUGUUGAGAAGUUACAAGAGAAGAUUGAAGAGGAAAAAACAUCCAAGUUUUUUACAAAGCUACCAUCUAACUAUUAUUUGGAAAUCACUCAAAUGUUGUUAACUGUUGCAAGUGAAGAUAUUCCAAAAGCGAAUGAAAUUAAAACAGCUGUUAAAGAUUUAUGGGAUUUGAGAAUAGCAAAACUACGAUCGUCUGUUGAUUUGUUUAUUAAAGAUGGUCGGGUACAGGCAUCUCUGAAUCAUUUAACACCAAUGGAAAUUAAUUCUGUAAGGCCGGUUUUCCCAGACACUUUGAAUGCUUUAAUGGUACUUCACGAACAAAUAAACUCAAACGAUAACAGAGAAAGCAGCAGCCAAUCUUCAAGAGCAACUCCUAGUACAUCGUCAUUGAGUUUUUCUAUGUAGAUAUAAUCUUUAACCAAAUAAGUUUGCCUUCUUGUUGCGCAUUAAUUAAAUUAUAAUUUUGUGUAUAUUUAGUUAGUAAAUUCUUAAAUAAUUUUAAAGAAAUAAUAAUGACAAUAAUUAAUUUUAAAAGAUUAUUAUUGAUAAAUCCGUGUACAGUUUCUUGAUAAGUUUACUUUAACUGUUAUUUUUAGUUCUAUAAUUUGUUUCAAGUACAAUUAUGGGUAAUUUUCAUAUUUCAUAUCACAUUUUUGCUAUGUUCAGAAAUUAUAUUAUGUUAACAAAUCUACCAAGUAAAAAAAAUAAUUUAUUAUGAAGAAUUUGUAUUUGUAAAGACAUAUUACCUUUUUUUCCUGUGGACCAAUUUACUUAAGUAGCAUCUGUAUUAAACUGCAAUUGUAUGCAAUUAAUACAUUUAUGACAAAAGUUAAUAAAGUCAACUCAUUCACCCCCAAAAUGUGCAUAGUAUUUAAUAUUAGUAAUGUGUCAAAAAGUAAAAGUAGUCUUUAAGUAAUUCUUUAUUUUUCAUUUCACAAAAUAAUUUUUGCUUAUUUUAUUAUAAUAAUGCAUUUUUAAUCACUCGAAGCUUU